UUAUUUUGUUAAUUUGUAGCUUUGAUUUCAUUAGCGUAGUACCAUACCAUUGUUGCGAUUGCGCUGUGCAUUUUACCUGAUUGCAGAUCAUGUGGCAAAUUUCAAGUGUAUGUUGCAUAUGCUUUGUGCAGUAUGCAGAAACGCGAGGCAAGAGAAAGGGAUAAGGAAACACGCGAAGAAGUAUCGAAAAGAGUUUCAAGAUCCGGUGCUGGAGGAACAAGAACUAACAUGCAUACGAGUCGCCACAGCGGUGUUUCUGGGGGCAACUCUGGUGUGUUAAUGGUGGGGCCCAACUUCAGAGUUGGAAAGAAGAUAGGCUGUGGAAAUUUUGGAGAGCUGAGACUAGGUGAGUGUUACUAAUUCUUGUUUAACUUACAUGAGUGUAUUCAGUUAGACAUUGAUAUUCAAGUUUUACUUGCUGUUGAGCACUGGCUAUGGCGAACAUUAAUGGCAAGGGCAUGUAAUACCAAAUUUACCUCUGUAUUACUGGUUCGUUAAAAUAUUUUACCUAGGGGUUGAAUUUUGCUUGAGGAAAUAGACAUGUACUAGGGUUGGCUUUCAAAAUUGGCCAUUUAUAUUUGAGUUUUUAAAUGUCUAUGAGCUACUGCCACCUCAACUCUAGAUUAAACUGGGGAAAAAGCCAUGACAAAACUUCAUUAGGGAAAUUUUGAAAGUAGCGGCUUAUGUCAACCAAGUGGAAUAGAUAAAUGUAAUAAAUUUUAUCUAUAUUUAGAUUUAAUAAAAUGUUACCUUUUUUGCCAAAUAGGUCAUUGAAAUAUUACAAGUGGUAUUUUUACCUGUGAAGGCUGUGGUCAUACUGCCUCAGGCACUGGAGUGGUGUUAAGAUUUGCAUAAAAUAUGCAAUAAUUUGCAACCUCUUAGCACCUGUAACAUUGCUGAGUUAUAUUUUCGACAUGUGUUCCUAAACUAAACAGUUUGGUUUUGGUUACCUCCAACCCGUUGAGUUUACGCUCAGCCAUUUCCAAAUUUACGUAUCUGGAGAUCAGAAAAUUCAAUUAAAAAAAUAAUUGGUUUACUAUUUUUAUUUCUGUGACCAAACACUAAAUAUACCCUGCUCAGUAUAAGAUCUUUUGUGUGUGCUAAGUUGGUUUUUGUAUCUUUCUCAAUAAAAGUGCAACUGUUACAUUUAUGCCCUAUUUUUAUGUCACUGAAAGUAGAAUACUAUCUUUAAGUUACCUAAUCAGUUUGUACAUAAAUAAUUUCUUCUCUCAAAGCCAGUGAUCAAAGUUUUCUUUCACUUCACAAUUUGGGACUACUCUAGAAUAUUAUACUAUAGGCCCUACCAUUUUUCAUGAAGUCACAUAUAUGGUGUCGCUUACAUCAUGAAUAGGUACCCCUACUUUUUCUGGACAAAUGUGGGAAUAUGGGGAUUUGGGUGGGAAAUAUAUUCCAUAUUUUUCACUUACGGUAUGUCACUUAAUAGUUGUUUUCAGAACAGAAAGAAGAAAAAAUUGGAAAACAGCCAUUCCGGUUGUCACGGAUGUUACAUUAGUACUAAUUUUAAAUUCAAUAUGUUCAAAAUAGAAUUUAUUUUGCAUUAUUUUAUUACUGGACUCCAUGAAAGAUAUCUUUAUCUUCAUACAGCAAAAAUUUUGUUGACUAUAUUUUACAAAUUUUGCAAAAAAAUUAAUAAAAGGCUGUGUCACGGAUGUUACAAAAUUUGUGAACUCACCUCGGGCAUUGUCAAAUGAAAUCAAAAAACUCUGGUCUCUGCCUCACACAAGAAUACUUUUUUAUCCAUAAUGUUUGUCUGAAAGCUAUGGUAGUUUCAUAACUAUCACGAACGCAAAGAAAACACAUUCAGUAAAUAUUUUAUAGCUCUUUUUUUCAUGUCACGGAUGUUACACACAUUUUGUCACGGAUGUUACAGCUGGUAUUAUUAUCCUAAAUUUUCCCAAAUUUACAGGCCAAUUUGAAAAUUCUAAGUAAAAAUACUGAAUAUAACUGUUAUAAACAUAAAGAGACUAAAAUUACUAAUUUAACCAACUAAAGAAAACACAUGCCAAGUAUGUAUACUUACACAUUUAAAGCAUUUGAAGUGUACAGAAAUUUAAAGACAUAAUAUAUUGAACUGUAAGAACAUCACAUCACAAACAAACUUUGUCUUUGAAUUUAUACACCACUCUGCUUCCUAUUUCCUUAAUGUCUGGGAUCGGAAUAGUACAUACCACCUGAUUAACAUGUACAUCUCUCUCAUCGUCUUCAUCAGGAACAAAUAGCUUUCCACUUUUACCAUACUGUUUCAAGAAGAGCACACGUAGAUCACCAUUUACAUUCAAUGCACUUUGACAUAUUGCAAAAUAAUGAUGGCUAGCUUUGGACUUUCCAUGACCAGUAAUGCAUACUUUUACAUACAUACCAGCAGUAAUAUUUGCAAUGUUAAUGGGUUGAUGAUUGUCAUCUGUGUUUGAGGAAUGAAAGAGUUCAGUAGUAUUAUCUUCACAAGAUUGCUCAAAAUCUUCAAACUUUGACUCUGCAACACUGUUGUCCGUAUCAGAAGAAUACACAUCACUCCACCUACACUUCUGAUUUGUCAACGCUGCUUUGGCUCUGAAAGCAACUUGAACUUUACUUUUGGCAGACGUUGAGGUAAACCCAGCAGCAACAUGCAAGUCAUCGAUUUUCCUGAAGUAAUGAAUUUCUCUUAUACCCGUCAUACCUCUCACUUUCUCCCACCGAUUGUUCAGAAACACUGAAGUCUCUUCUAUUUCUUCUUUGCUUACGUAAAGUACCUCAGUGGACUUGCACUGAGCUUGAGCUACAUUGAAGAAUUCUCCAGCAUUAUUGACUGUAGUACGUCGAGCCUUGACAGUUGUCCAAACCAUUCUUUUUACUUGGCCUCCGAUGGCAUCUACUGCACCCUUUCCGUGACCAGCAGCAAAGAAGUUCCACUCUACAGUCUUCACAUUGAGAUCGUCAGCCAAAAAGCACAUGUUAAAAACUGUAUACUUGCUCUUAAAUUGGGAAGAACAGUUGUCUGAAAAUAUUAUAAGAUCACACAAAGACACAUUUGGGUUCUGCUGAAAGUGAGAAAUUAUUGUUUUUAUGAAAGUCCAAGCUGACUGUUUGGAAUGGCUCACAUCGUCACUUACUACCACAUAUGAAAAUGCCAUGUCCUCAAACCACAAGCAACAUGUAAAAAUUGUCACUUGGGAGUGUUGCCAGUGGGCAGACUGCACUUCGUCUUGUGAAAUGAUGCUGUAGUUCUCAGCAAAGUCUACUUGCAUCACAGCUUCUCCUUUCCUUAAGUUAUUCUUUUUGUCUUCAAAGUAUCUUGCUUGCUCACAUUUUACAAACACAUGCUUCUUGAAAUUGGGGAUAUAUGUAUUUAGUUGUGUUACAAAGUUUUGUAGACUUGAAGAUACCUUUUCAACUACCAACUGACCCUCUGUUUUUAUCCAUUUAUUCCAUUUCACCUCCCUUGAAAAGUCAGAAUGUGGUUCCAGCAGACUUUUUACAUCAUAAUGGCAAACAGAGCAUUUAUUAGUCAUGCAUCGUUCUUCAUGUGUAUUACAACACAUUAUUUGAAUCUGCGAUGUUGGUGUUAAAGAAUUUCCUUGAUAACCAAUACAAAAAGGAGAGAUAGCCUCAGCUAAAAAUCUGAAAUUUGCAUGUUUAAUGCAUACACAAACAUUAUGUGGAGUAUCUUUAAUGGGUUUUACAUGUUUUGGGCGCAUUUCAAAGAAUUUAGAACGAGAUUUGUGUAUUUCAGGGUAGAGUUCAGAAAACUUUUGGUGAGCUUCAACAACACUCAUCGUAAGGAAACGUUUUUGCUUCUUUUCUUUCUUUCCUGUGACUUCAUUUUUCACUGUUAUGCAGUCUCUUUUCCCAGAAGUUUGCCAGCUAAUGUCAUCAUUCUCAAAAAAAUUUCUUGCAGUUUCCAAAUCUUCUUUUCUGUACAAUUUUCCCCUGGGUGCUAGAAAUUUUUGUGCUUUAAAAAGCUCAUCCUCUGGAGUUGAAAAACUUUCUUUCAUCAAUUGCCUAACAACAGCUUGUUUCUUCGUAGGACUAUUUGGCAAGUUCUUACGUGCCUUGUGGACAGCUUUACGAAAUGUGCUGGUAGAAGUGUAGGAACCCAGUGCUGAAAGGUUUGUAGGCUCCUUACAAAUGUUGGUUACUAGUCUUUUCUUCUUCCUCCAUUCCUGCACUCUAAGUCUUGUUUUUUCUCGUUUAGUGUUUAAUAGCUUCUUAUCAUUAAUGCACUUCUGUUUUUAUGCUUGCCUCUUCAACCAAUUUCUUUCUCUGUCUUUUUUCAAAUAUUCAGCCCACCUCUCUGUAUUUUCCGACUUCAUUUCUGCUCUCAUCUUCGCUGUUCUUGCAGCAGAUGUGACAGGUGCCAUUAUCUGCAACAAAAUGGGAUAAUGUAGGUUAUUUACAUCCAUCACAUACUGAAAUAUAGGUUAUGUAGGUUAUGAUGAUGUAGGCUAAAGCCCAGAGACAUUCUGACAUAUAAAUACUGGUGGUAAAAAUGCUAACACCUUAAAUGUGUAACAUCCGUGACACUUAUUUUUUAAAUAUUAAAAACUUGUAUAGUGACUUAAAGAUAGUAGGCAGUCAGCACCUGACCUAGAUGCCAACAUGGCCUAAUUGUUACAGAGGAAUGAAAGUCCAUUACUGAAUAGAAAAACUUUUUCAAGUUUUCUGUCACUGAUGUUACAUUACAAACAUAUACUUACUGUUUAAUAUAUACAUUUUGAAUUUACUCACCUGUAUCAAUGAAAUUUCCAGUGCACACACUUAAAACAUCUCUUGAACCAUAGCACCUUUCAAAACUUUGUUAAAAGCUUAUCUUUUUAUUCAGUAGGUACUACCAAUGCUUAGAAAAUAAUGUAGUGCCUGUAAAAAGUCAACACCACUAGAUUCAAUGCUUGUAAAUCAUGUUAAAAUUUGUAUAUUUCUUAAAUUAAACAGUGUUAUCCUUAAAUUUUAAGUAUUAUCUACAUUAAAAAAAUUUAUACAUAUUUCUUGAAAAAAUAAUUUUUUUUUUUAAAAGAAUUCCCAUUUUGGCCAGAAUGGCUCAAAAUAUGGUGUUCACACACUCCACAUGUCCCUAAAUUUACUUAGAAGUGAUGGUUUUUUAAUUACUACUAGUUUGAGAAAAAAUUAAAUCUUUAUUUCUUCCAUUAUAAUACCUGUGCUUUUACGCUGCCGCUGACAUUCAUUGUUUACCCGCAAGAAAUUGUUUUGUAUGUUUUAUAUUAGAGAUGUUCUUGAAUUAAUCCUGCAUUGAAGGUUUCUUAAUUCCUACUGGUUUGUGAAAAACUUAAGUUUACAACUUACAUUACAAUCCCAAUGUAUUCACACAAUCGCCGACAUUAAUUGUUUAUGUUUAUCCUAUUUUUUUUUUUGGGAGAACAUUAGUUAAUCAAUGUGGUGUUAUGAUAAUUAAAUUUGUUUAAAUUACGACUAUUGCAAUUGUAAGCAAAUUUAAUGCUUAUAUUUCAUGUUGAUUGUUUUAUUAGAAUAAUUAAUUCACAAUGUUUUUUUUUAUAUUGCAUUUAAAGAAGGUUGAGUCAUGUAUCCCAGUUUAACCUUGGAUCCGGAAGGCUUGAUCAUGAUGGCUUGAUCCUGUGGUACGUGAUGCUUGCUGUUUUAAUUUAUUAUGUUGUAAGAUCCUUAUGGCAUUCUGUGGUACAUGAUGCUUGCUGUUAUAGUUCAGUGUGUUGAAUGAUCCUGUUGGCUUGAUCCUGUGGUAUAUGAUGCUUACUGUUCAGUAUGUCGGAAGAUGCUACACAUGAAAAAAUUAUGAAAUAAGAAAGAAUUACAAUUGUAGGUUGAAAAAAAAAAUCCCUUUUUAUUCGAUUUACAAACAUAUUCAUUAUAAUAUUACAAUAUUUUCUAUGUUCAGGAUCUUUUGAUGUAGGCCUAUUGAAUUAAAACAGCAAGUAUUAUGUACCAUAGGAUCAAUCCAUCAGUAUCAUACUACGAUACCUAUCAGGAUCUUUACAUACUGAACUAAAACAGCAAGUACCACAGGAUCAAGCCAACAUUAUCAUGCCAUCAGGAUCAAGUCUUCAGGAUCCAGGAAUAAACUUCAAUAUAUGAAACUAAAGAAUUAGCAUACUUUUAAUUCUCAUUGGUUACUACAGUUCUACAAAACAGAGAUACACGAUCACGAGUAAACUAUGAAUGGUGGUGGCAGUGUUAUGUAAGCUUUAAAUUGUAAUUUUUACGAUCCAUUAGGAAUGAAGAAACCAUCCUUUCAGGGUAAAUUUCGGUAUGUGUGUAGUUUGUGAAAACCAUGUGUACUGAUUUUAUUCUUUCCCUUCUAAAAAGCAGUGUUGUCAGAGUAUUACCCAUUUUUAAUAUCAUCGAAUACUGAUAAUGAUCAAGUAGAGUAGACUGAGUGGGACUAUACUCUAGUUUACAAUACCAAGAAAAAACAUUUUUCACACAUUAUAUACCAGUAUCACUGAAAGAAUACACUGUGUGGGACUGCACUCUAUUUCACGGUACUAAAAAAAUAUCUUUACUUGUUACACACAUUUAAAUACUGGUGUCAGCAAUUUUUUUUUCUUUCAUUUAAUGAUUUAAAAUCUGUUAUCUCUAAACAGGUUUUUACUUCUUUUUUUUCACCCCCUCUCCCCUUUUCUAUUUCAACAGUUUUGCGUGCAAUGUGCAGUAACACGCUGUUUACAUUACGUUGUACACAUUAAAUAAUCAAAUUUCUGUAACACAAUUAUGUACACAUGACUUUACAUUUACUUGUAUUUAACUUACAUACCUACCUUAAUAAAUUAAAAUCAAUUUAAAUUUAUCUUUGCUUUUUUGUUGCCUGUACCAUUUCUCUCAGAAACUUCGAAAAAAUCAAUCAUUACUUUCCUCUCCUACAUUGAUACCAAUACAUAAACUACUACAAUGAUACCAAUACAUAAACUACUACAAUGAUACCAACUUAAGAAUAACCCCUCAAUUAUUUUAUUUUAUUCACCUACCUUCCCCCCUCAUCCCUUGAACCAAGCUUCCUCAAUUGCAGAUAUCAUGUUCUAGAAUUGACACCCCUAUAGUUACUUGAAACUAUUCCGUGAAAAGGCAUUGUGAUACUUAAAAUAUGUUGGUGUUUGUUAUUGGUUUGUUAGGUUCCGUACAUUUAAAAUUGUAUAAAGUUGGAGAUUUUUCGAUUAGGUUUGGUUAGAUGUAUUAGAAUUUCUGUGAAAUUGUGUGAAUGGUUAGCUUAGGUUUGGUUAGUUAAAUUAUAGGUAGAUAGGCUACAUAAAAAUGUGUGUAUGGCUGGUGUAGUUAGAUUAGGUUAACUAUAUUAUAAAACCAGUUUAGUAAACAAAAUGGAUAACAACCAAAAAUAGAUUUAUUGAGUUGCUAAUUUUUUUUGUGUUAUAUAUUGGAAAAGAAAUACGUUUCCAAUCAUUACCUACGUCAGGCUGGUUUAUUCUCUAGAAACAUCUUUUUUGGAAGGUUAUGAUAUUGUUACGAUCGCGCUUGGCUGCAGUGCUUGGCAUCGCCGCGCUCGUUCGGCCUGUCUGCGCCCCCUUCCACCUGCAUCCUCUCCCUGGUAUCUCGUGUCAUACUAUCGCGCGACAUCCUGACCGUCGCAGCGCGCACCUGCCUCAGAUCGGGUUACUUAAAAGAGGCCGCACUGCGGAAUAAAAUGACUCAGACGCCUUUAUCGGCGUUCUUAGAGCAGCCACCGCGUCCUUCGAGGACUCACGACGCGUUUCUGGGCAUUUCGACGGCGAAGGUCGCGAGAUAUCUCGGAGACAUGCCCAAUUGUUCUGGAUGGGAACCCAAGGGCUAUUUAAGGAGGUUGGGCCGACCUUCGAGGCAGUCAGUCAGUCAGAGACUGAGUGGGAGUCCUCCCGCGGCGGAGUUUCCGGGCGAUAGAGUCGCGGGCGCGGCGGAGUCCCGAGUGAAGUGGCGAGCGAGUCGUCGAGUGGGAUCUCGGCGAAGGGUGUGACGGCGGCGGCGGAGUGCGGCGACGGAGUCCCGCGGCGGAGACCCACGAGGGGUGCUGCGACGAGAGUUGCGCCGGAAGUGCGGCCCAGCGAGGUGUGUGAAACGAGUGACUGGGGAAUUGACAUUUCUUUACGUGUAAUUAAUUAUCUGCCAAUUUAGAAGAUUAUUUGUAAGUGACAAGUAGUAGUAAUAAAUAAAACUGUGUGUGAUAAAAAUCUUUAAUUGGGCUAUCCUUUACGAACCCGCAGGGAAAUCGUAACAUUUUGGUGUCAGAAGUGGGAUAGCCCUAAUUAAUAGAUUUAGGAUUCAGUUAGAGUAUUAGAAUAAAAGUUAAGGAUAGAAUUUAGUUUACGAGAAUAUAGUUAGUGUUUAGAACUUUAGUGAAUUUGAAAUUUUCUAGAGUUAGUUUGAGUAUACUGUAGUCAGUGUUAGUUUUGAAUGUAAUAGAGUUAUUGUUAGUUAAAUUAGAAGGUUCGGCUAGGUCAUUUAAAAUUAAGAACAGUAUUAGAAAAAAAUUUAUUUAGGCUUGUAGUAUAUGUGGACAAGAAAGAUGGCUGCCGAUGAGCUUAAGAAUGUCCUGGCAUUCUUGGCCGAACUGAAGAGUGGCCAGGAAGAAAUGAAGAAUGAAAUGAAGAGUAACAGGGAAGAAAUGAAGAAUGAAAUGAAGAGUAACAGGGAAGAAAUAAAGAAUGGCCAGGAGAAAAUGGAGAAUAGGCUGGACGAGAUGAAGAGUAGCCAGGAGAAAAUGGAGAAUAGGCUGGACGAGAUGAAGAGUAGCCAGGAAGAAAUGAAGAAUGAAAUGAAGAGUGGCCAGGAAGAAAUGAAGAAUAAAAUUGAUAAUUGCCAAGAAGAGAUGAAAAAGAAGAUCGAUGAAACCAGCAACCAGUUGGAAGGCAAAGUACAGUGUUUAGAGCAACAUGUGGCAGAACAUGAAGAACUAGUAGCACAACAGCUGGCCCAACUCGAGCACACCACAGAACAGCGAAUAUCAGCGGUAACCGAAGAAUGGCGCCGGAUGCUCAAGGAUGCUACAUGUGCUACGAAACGAAGCAGUUAUUCUGGAGAUGUGAAGGUGGAAGGCGCAACCUGUCAUUCAAAGUUCAAGCCACCCACCUUCGAUGGCCAAACCUCGUGGGCUGUCUACAGAAGACAGUUUGAGGCAGCUUCUGAGGUAAAUGGCUGGGACGAGGAGGAGAAGGCUACAGCACUCGUCCUGGCCCUGCGAGGACCUCCACUCGAGCUGCUUCAGACCAUACCAGUACCAGAGCAGAAGAACUAUGCGGUACUGGUGGAAGCUCUCGAGUUAAGGUAUGGCGACCGACACAUGGGCGAGGUAUACAGAACAGCCCUGAAGACACGUCAGCAGCGGCCCUCAGAAACAUUCCAGGAAUUCGGGGCAGACAUCGAGCGUCUUGUGUACCUCGCUUAUCCAGAUGCACCAACAGAAUUUCGACAACAGCUGGCAACCAGUGCAUUUAUAGACGGGAUCAGAGAUGCAGAAGUACAGCAGACUCUUCGUUUGGCCCGGCACAAGAAGAGCUGCGAUGCCUUGGUCCAUGCCUUGGAAAUUGAAGCGGCACGCAGUGCUUCAAGAAACACCAGCAUUAGGACAAGGAGAACUGGACUGGAGCCAUAUACUGAAGGAAAUGCCAGAAACAACACUAAUGAAGGAGAUAUCAUCAGGGCAUUGAAGAAGUUGCUAAAUGAUUCUCCGGGUACCCAGGCCCGAAGAGUAGGACGCCCACGGUGCUUUGUCUGCCAAGAAUUAGGACACAUCCAGCGGGAAUGCCAGACACACAAGAAGACAUCACAGAAAGAAGACAAGCGAGAAGAACAGGGAAACGGGCAGUAGCUGGUGUGAGGGGGCACACGCCAGCUCUACGGAAAAUGGUAGCCCCUAGGGUUUUCCCAGUAUCCUUACUUCGCAGAGGUCAGGACAGUUUGUUGCUUAAUGGAUGGAUCAAUGGUAGACAGUGUUUACUCACUGUUGACACAGGGGCAUCAGUGUCUAUCAUCCGCUCAGACCUUGUGAGUAGGGACAAACUGAAGAGAACACCCAUUCCAUACAGGCUUAAAACAGCCACUGGGGACACUGCACCAGUGCAUGGAUGGUUGGAAUCGGAAGUAAGGAUUGGGACUUGGACAUUACCACAGAAAUUUCUUGUUGCCGAUAUCACUGAUGAAGUAAUUCUAGGAGUGGACAUAAUGAAUCAGUAUGGAUUUGUUAUUGACAUGGAGGGACAGGUACUGCGUAUAAAAGGGGAAGAGGUGGCUUUGUUUACCCCUGAUCAAUUGGAAGUUCCUGUAAUGCAGGUAGUAGUUAGCGAAUCUGUGUCAAUUCCAGCAAACCAUGAGCAGAUUGUAGCUGCUAGAAUAAUGGGAGACCCUAGGGGCAACAUGAGCUACCUGAUUGAGCCGGAUAUGACUUUAGGAUUGGAGAAGCUCCUGAUUGCUCGAAGCAUUGCUAAGGUCGGCGAGGUUGUACCAGUCAGGGUAGCCAACCUUGAUUCGCGAACGAGGGUUCUGAAACAGGGAGACCCAAUAGCUAGCUGUGAACCAGUCUCUUGGGUAGGCCUGUAUGAGUCUUCUUCACCUAGCAUACAUACCGAGCAGAGACUUAAUCCUAAUUUAGAACAGUUAUUGGAGCGAAGCCAAGAUAAUCUGACAAGUGAAGAGAUGGAAGAAGUUACUUCUUUCCUGUUGAGAAAUCAAGAUGUUUUUUCCUUAGGGGACACUGACCUUGGAAGAACCAGCAUCGUGUAUCACCGCAUUAACACUGGCGAUACCGAACCAAUCCGACAAGCACCACGGCGACUUCCUCUAGCGAAACAAGAAGAGGCAGAGAAGAUGAUUGCAAGUAUGAUGGAGGGUGGUGUCAUAGAGCCUUCUGCAAGUCCUUGGGCUUCCCCAGUCGUUCUGGUAGCUAAGAAGGAUGGCCAACUGAGGUUCUGUGUGGAUUACCGGAAGCUGAAUGAUGUCACCAAAAAGGACAGCUACCCCCUCCCACGUAUCGAUGACACACUUGACACACUCUCUGGCACCAGAUGGUUCUCUACGCUGGACCUAAAGAGUGGUUACUGGCAAGUGGAGCUGCACCCCGAGGAUAAAGAGAAGACUGCUUUCUCAACAGGAAGUGGGCUGUUUCAGUUUACUGUGUUACCAUUCGGAUUAUGUAAUGCACCCGCAACCUUUGAGAGAUUGAUGGAACUUGUGCUGCAUAGCUUGACUUGGAAAACAUGUCUAGUGUACCUGGACGACAUUAUUGUGGUGGGAAAUACUGUAAAGGAGCAUUUAAAGAACCUCCAGGACGUAUUUGACAGGCUUCGCCAUGCACAGCUCAAGUUAAGUCCAAAGAAGUGCUUCUUGUUUCAACAUGAGGUAACAUUCCUCGGACAUAUUGUAUCACAGGUUGGGGUCCGAACAGACCCUGAGAAGAUCCGGUCUGUAAAGGAGUGGCCACGGCCUGAAAACAAGCAUGAUGUAAGGAGCUUCUUGGGUCUCUGUACCUACUAUAGGAGGUUUGUACCUGGGUUCGCAGCCAUUGCAAAGCCUCUGCAUGAGCUGACUGAGGAAAGGAGGCAAUUUCUGUGGACGCCAACAUGCGAGACUUCCUUUCAAGACCUGAAGAAAGCCCUGUGUACAAGCCCUAUUCUCGCCUAUCCCCGUCAACAUGGAGACUAUAUCCUUGACACAGAUGCAAGUGGAAGGGGGUUGGGAGCUGUACUUUCCCAAGUCCAGGAUGGGAAUGAAAGAGUCAUAGCAUACUACAGUAAAGUUUUGUCUAAGCCUGAAAGUAACUAUUGUGUCACAAGAAGAGAACUUCUGGCUCUAGUAAAAUCCUUCCGACAUUUCCACAAAUAUCUGUAUGGUAGGAGAUUCCUUUUACGAACUGACCAUGCUGCACUUAAGUGGCUGUUACAGUUCAAGAAUCCAGAGGGACAACUUGCUAGGUGGAUUGAACAGAUACAGCAAUAUGAUUGUAAGAUUGAACACAGGAAGGGCCGAAUUCAUAGCAAUGCCGAUGCUCUUUCUCGAAGACCUUGCAAGGUAGACUGCAACCACUGCAAAAGAGCAGAGAAAAAUGAGGGAAUCGAAGAUAUUCGGCGAACUACUAUAACAAACGGUGAAGACAAAUGGGACAAUGCCAGCUUGAAAUCGGCUCAGCAUCAAGACCCUGACCUGGGACCCAUUAUAAGCUGGAUGGAAAAGGGUACUGGACGUCCAUCAUGGCAGGAGGUAUCUAGUGACCGAAAGGAAGUGAAGGCUUAUUGGGCACAAUGGGAUUCUUUAAGGCUUGUGGAUGGGCUGCUCAUGAGGGCAUGGGAAAGUCCAAAUGGAAAAGUAGUUAAGAUGCAACUAUUACUUCCAAAGAGUCUAGUAGCAGAGGUUUUGAAAGAAAUCCACGAUGGUACUUCUGGCGGACACCUAGGAGUUAACAAAACUCUGGGUAAGACCCGCCUACACUACUAUUGGUUGAAAUGUCGCCAGGAUGUGGAGGCAUGGUGUAGAAAAUGCGAAACAUGCUCGGCUAGGAAAAGACCACAACAUUGUAGUCGCGGAAAAAUGCAAGCCUAUAAUGUGGGAGCUCCAUUUGAAAGGAUAGCAAUCGACAUCGCUGGGCCAUUCCCCAAGACUAAAGAUGGUAACCGGUAUAUUCUGGUAGUGAUGGAUUACUUCAGUAAGUGGCCAGAGGCUUAUGCACUUCCCAACCAGGAGGCUACCACCAUUGCAGAUACACUAGUCAACAACUUCAUUUGUAGAUUUGGGGUACCAAUGGAGCUUCACUCAGACCAAGGCCGCAACUUCGAGUCCACAGUGUUUCAGGAGGUGUGCCGGUUACUAGGCAUAAAUAAAACCAGGACUACAGCCCUACAUCCUCAGUCGGAUGGCAUGGUGGAAAGGUUCAACCGAACUCUAGAGGAACACCUUGCCAAGGUCGUGGCCGAACAUCAGCAAGAUUGGGAUCAACAUAUUCAGUUAUUCCUGAUGGCUUAUAGGGCCGCCAUUCAUGACUCGACUGGGCAGACUCCUGCAAGUAUUGUAUUUGGACAGGAGUUGAGGCUACCCUGUGACAUCAAGUUCGGUCAUCCUCACCAAGAGUCGACCAGCACUACCGACUAUGUCAAUCGCUUGGAGGAACGAAUGACAUUUAUACAUGACGAAGCCCGUAGGAACCUCCGAAUAGCGACAAACCGAAUGAAGACAAGGUACGACAUGAAGGCUAACUCGGCAGGAUACCACGAAGGCGAUUUAGUGUGGCUGUAUAACCCUCAGCGAAGGAAGGGCAGGUGUCCUAAGCUUCAGACAGCAUGGGAAGGCCCGUAUGAAGUAUUGAAACGGUUAAAUGAUGUGGUGUACCGUAUCCAGAGGGGGAAAAGAGGACGAAUGAAAGUGGUGCAUCUAGACCGAUUGAAGGGAUAUGCGGGAAGAAAUGAAUUACCUGUUCGGGACGAACAGGUUUAAGGAGGGGGCAAUGUUACGAUCGCGCUUGGCUGCAGUGCUUGGCAUCGCCGCGCUCGUUCGGCCUGUCUGCGCCCCCUUCCACCUGCAUCCUCUCCCUGGUAUCUCGUGUCAUACUAUCGCGCGACAUCCUGACCGUCGCAGCGCGCACCUGCCUCAGAUCGGGUUACUUAAAAGAGGCCGCACUGCGGAAUAAAAUGACUCAGACGCCUUUAUCGGCGUUCUUAGAGCAGCCACCGCGUCCUUCGAGGACUCACGACGCGUUUCUGGGCAUUUCGACGGCGAAGGUCGCGAGAUAUCUCGGAGACAUGCCCGAUUGUUCUGGAUGGGAACCCAAGGGCUAUUUAAGGAGGUUGGGCCGACCUUCGAGGCAGUCAGUCAGUCAGAGACUGAGUGGGAGUCCUCCCGCGGCGGAGUUUCCGGGCGAUAGAGUCGCGGGCGCGGCGGAGUCCCGAGUGAAGUGGCGAGCGAGUCGUCGAGUGGGAUCUCGGCGAAGGGUGUGACGGCGGCGGCGGAGUGCGGCGACGGAGUCCCGCGGCGGAGACCCACGAGGGGUGCUGCGACGAGAGUUGCGCCGGAAGUGCGGCCCAGCGAGGUGUGUGAAACGAGUGACUGGGGAAUUGACAUUUCUUUACGUGUAAUUAAUUAUCUGCCAAUUUAGAAGAUUAUUUGUAAGUGACAAGUAGUAGUAAUAAAUAAAACUGUGUGUGAUAAAAAUCUUUAAUUGGGCUAUCCUUUACGAACCCGCAGGGAAAUCGUAACAAUAUGCACCAUGAUAAAUACAGUGUUUCAUGAGUCCAUGUUUCAAGUAAAUGUGCAAACUUUUUGAAAAAGGUUGUUUAUUUUAGAGACAGCAAUAAAGCAUAUGUGUAAUUAGUAGUUUUUCUUUUUUGACUUCUAAUGUAAUAAAAGGUUGACUACUUAAGUUCAUUGUAUUUAAGAAUGAAAUAUUAAAUUACUUAGUAGUUUCAGUAAUUGUAAGCUUAUAAUAUUUUUUAUUUGUAAAGUAGUUCUAGUAGUUAACAAAGUUAAGGAUUAUUUUCAAAUUCAAAAGUUGUUUUUUCAGUACCUACGCUGUUUGAAAUGACAAAUUGAACAAAUUUUCUUGUGUGAUUGCCAUAGUAUUCAGAACAGUCAUUUUGAUUAAUUUCUCUUUUAUGAGUAUGUUGGGAAAAGUUGAUUGGUUAUGUGUACUAUUAAUUUAAUUAUAGUUUGUACCUAUAUCGUACUUUGGGUAAUUAUAUUUUUGCUAGGUUAGGUUUUGCAUACAUAUUGGUGAUGAUGGUAAGUGUAAGGUUGGUUUGAUUAGUUUGGGUCAGCAACAUAAAGCAACUGUAUUAAAAUCUUUUAUUUAGAUAACUUAACCUAACUAACCCUUCACACGAUUUUAUUGUAUUUUUUGUGUUGCUAACCUCACCUCGCGAGUGUUAGAACUGUUUAUGACAUGUAAAAUACUUGAAAUAUCAGAAUGUGAUUUCAUUGAAUGAUUCAAAAUAAAUCAAGGAACUCAAUAAAUAUAUUUUCAGAUAUUUAUUAUUUUUUAAAUGUGUUCUGAACAGUAAAUAAUUGCUGGCAAUUCAUUAUAGAGGUACAUACUGCAGCCUCAUAGAAUUAUUAUAUUUCAACUUGAAUGUUAAUUUUACUGUCUUAAUUUCACUUAAGUGACAUGUCAAUUUAGAUUUUUGUUCUCUAUGCAAUUGUAUUACCUAUUUUCAAUAGUUGCUUUGCUGAGAUUACUUGCUCUAAGCAUGGAGUUUUGUUUUAAAAAAAAAAUAAGAAAAAGAAAAGGAAUAUUUUUUGACGUUAAAAAUUAUAAUGAAGUUUAAAUUUGUUUUCUGUUAUUAAAAAUAUAAGUUUAUUGUGAUUACAUUAAUAAUGAAGCAUUUAGGCCUAUCUGAAAUAAAUAAUAUUUAAUUACGUUCUUCAUUCUCGUCGGAAGAUUAAUCAAUAUUAUGUAAAGGACUGGAAGAUUACUUAUAUUAACAAAUCGUCGAAGUUGCUACAUAGCUAUAUGAAGAGUUAGCAAUCAAUUUCGAGAUAUAAAACAAAAUAUAUGAACUACACAAACAGCAGUGCUUAGCCAUUCCACGAAGUUACUCCACGAGAUUUACCGAGAAGAACCCACGUCUGUAUCCACAAAUGAAGGAUAUGAUUCUACCAACGGAGAUGUCAGCACAACCGACUUAGGGACAGCAUGAUCAGGUCGAACCCUGGUUCCUGCAACAAGCAAAUUUUGAUAAGACACAACUAGAAGGAAGUUCAUCACCCUUGCCGGUAGCUGCGAAUACCUCAUCGCGAAAGGAGUCCUGGCACUAGAAGACUACCAUUAUCAUAUUUAUCGGUAAACUACGGACUAAGGUGGGUCAUGCACCAUGGAAUCCAGACAGUACCAUCUUUACUUUUGUGUGCCUAAUCAAACUGAUAGACUUGACAGAAUUUUAAGGCCUAUUAUUUAAUGUUAAUUUUGUACACAAAAUUCAUUCUGUUGAAUGGUUUAGAUACCAAAGUAAACUGAUAAUAAUUUUAUUGAAAUAUUAGCUAGGAAAUUUCCAUAUUUGCCAGUGGUCCUUUGCAAAGCCACUGAGUAUUUAACUGAGGUAAUUAUAACAGAUCAGCUAAUUCUACGGAUAUACUUGUGAAUAUAAAGAAAAAUAAUGUGUAAAUUUUAAUUUAAAACAGUUUCUAUUUAAAACCUAAAACAAAGACGUACUCUUAUCAAUCUUGUUAAAUCCUAACAUCAAUAGCAACCAAUGAUAAUUGUGUAUAAUUAUUUAGUGUACGUGUGUUUUUGUAUUAGUCAAAGGUACGUGAUUGAGAUCUUGUAUAAAGUGUGUUGUCAACGUAUAUUACAAACACGUAAUAAUUAAAUAAAAUAACAAUUUUGAACUCAAUUUAUCUUCUUUGUCAGGUACUUAUUAACUGAACUUAACAAGUAAAUAUUCCUGAUUUGAUAAAUGUAAUGACAUCUCUAUUUUGUUUUAUAUUGACUUACCAAAGUCUUAAUUUUUCAUGAUAGUUUUGUUUUUCCAUUUAUCUAAAUCUGUGGUAUACAACUAUAAAAGUUGAAAGUUAUUUUACUACUAGGUCUAAUAACUUUCUUACAACUUGGAGAUGCGUUACCUACAACAUUACCAACCUUAUUUUUAAUGUAGCUAACCUAAAAAACCAUCCAUAGGCCUACAAGUUCAAAUAAUUUUUAAUUUACUUCACCUGAUAUUUAACCAUUUGGUAUAAUGAUAAAUUACCUACUGGUAAACUACUUGGAAGUAUAGCAAUGUCCUCGUAGAAAAUAAUUGGAAACGUGUCAGGAAGUAAGAAAAAAAAUAAUUUAUAAUUUUUUAUUUCUUUUUUUUUCCCCAGAAAAGUUGCUCUCUUGCAGAACUACCGAAUUCCAUUUCUUACCAUUUAAAACUUUUUCCAUGUAUCUUAUAUAUUAAAAUUUUUCAGAGAUGGCCUACUAAAUAAUAAACUAGGUUUUUAGAUUCUGCAUCUGCACCACAUUAAAAUGUUGCUGUUGUAACAGCUUGUUUUUGUCUCCCAAUAUGUUGGAGUUGUUACUAGACAUGGAAACAUCCUACAGAAAAUGAAGCUGGAUUGCUUCAUCAGUUAGGUAACAGUCACUAAAAAUAUCAUCUAAUUUUUAGUUCUUUAAUACAGAGGAUAAAUUAGACUGAUACUAAAAACAACAAUUCAAAUAUAAAGUCAUUCACUGUACAUUGGGCAAUGGUUACUGUAUUUGUGUGUGAUAAUGAAGGUAAUAAACAUGCAUAAAACACCACCAAGUUUGAAAUAGAGAUCCAUCAUGUAAGUGAAAUACUUUUAUUACAUUUUACCUUAUAAAAUAUGUAAAAACAACAGUAAAUAAAUGUACCAAAGAGAUAUGUACUUACAUCUUGGGAGACAUGCUUAACAUGGAAGAACAACAAUUGUACUACACCACAGUGAUAUGGAAGUGCAUAUAGAAAGUUUGUGUCUUACCAUAGAUAACGAGUCAAAUUCAGCUCUAGAAAUAGAGAACACACUUUAACUAUACUGUUCAUAUUGUUGCCUUUUAAGUAUACAGUAAGUAGAUUAUCUUUUCCUCUUUAACCUGACAAGGCAGCGGCUAGUCCCUGUUAUUAGUGGCGCGUCUCCGGCUGCUCAGGGACGGUAGAUUAGGGUUCGUGCCUCGUGGCCUAAGGGAUCUAGCCUGCCCAGGAUGACUUCAGGAAAUAAAGUCCGAAUGAAGUUUUUAUGGUUUUAUGCACGAUAAAACAUACCCUUUACAUGGGGCUACCGCGGUCCCGCCUGUGGCAAUCUCAAUAAGGGCGAUGCCCGGUUCUGCGCGCUUUAAUUUCCCCGCACACUGCAAGGGGCAUCCCACCCGUACUGUAAUCGUGACUAAAAAGGCCUAGCUGUGGAGCGACGUCUCCCUGCGUCUCUCGAGCGCGACUGCUCCCCCACGUGCCGCGACCGCGACUCCCCUCCCACGUGCCGCGACCUUGACUCCCCUACUCCGCGAGCCCGCGGAACGCGCGGAUUGGCCACAGGCGGAGAACCACGGCCUAGGCGCCCGGUGAAUAAUACGAAUAAAAUAAAUAAAAUUAUGAACUAUAAAAACAAAAAAAUCUGAAAUGAAAUACAAUACAAAAUAAGUACUUGCAAAAGGAAACACAAGUCUACACUGCACCCUCGGCAAGUAGAAACACUUCCACGAAGCACCACUCGGCAGGAGAAGGCAUUGGCGUGACAUAUAGGCCUGUAAGAGUUAAGGAGGCCUUUGGGCCGACGUCAAACCUUAUUACUAUUGAACAUCAUACUGUAAAAAGAAUUACUUGCAUCAUCAGUCGCUAUGAACAAGAAUAAAUAUGUACACUAUUACACUGUAAAUGAACACUAACUACUUGACCAGUGUAAGUACACCAGAAUGUUGUAAUGACUUGAAUUUUGUGCACCACUAAGGUAAGUGCACCGGUAGUGGUCAUGCUAAGAAAAACUUUACAAAAAAAAUUUGCCUACCUAACCUUGUUGGUGUAAUACAGCUAGUUAUGUGUUUGACUUUAACCUCAAACUUUCUUAAACAAUAAUAUUAAACACUUUUAGAUAAAAACCAAUUAUUAUAGAAAAUCUCUAAUUUAAAAAAAAAAAGUGUUAUUUUGUGCCAGUAGUCGGCAUGCCAAUUUUCGUCUUUCCCAGUGCUCGUCAUAUCUUUGUGCCAGUAGUCGUCAUUCGUGGUAUCAGCACUUAUGAAUAGCAAUAAUGGAUUCGUAAUUUUAAUUACAAACCAUUUUAGGUCUAAAUUUUAUUUCAAAUGAUUAUUCAAACUUUUGAAGUUAUUUUUACGAAUUUUUUUAUUUUAAACUAAUAUAAAAUAUGUAAACAAUUAAUUAAAAUUAUAAAACAAUCAACUUACUUAUAUAUUGAUACCGUCACAAUAAAUAAAGCUGCAACAAAGAUACAUUGUGCCAACUCUUGCAUAGGUCAUUGUCAAAUAUAAACAUGCCAAUAUUAAUAAAACUAAUACAUAACACAUGUGAAACACUAGAAAAAUGGAGAGAAAAACAUUAAACACACCAAACAUUUUUACGAUAAAUAAACAUUCAUUGUAACUGAUAAUUCGCGUGUGCGCGGGGAUAAAUCAAAUGUUGGCAAAAAUUGUUUUCUUAUGGUAUGGAAUAAAGGAGAAUAAGCUCUACAAAAUGGUGCAAAUGAGUUAAGUCUAGCACUAUUGUGUGUUAUUCUACGGCACUGAACUUUUGGAGUUACAUCACAAACUGACAGUUUUCGUGCGUGAAAAAGGGGAUAAGUAAUUUACAAUGACAUUUUGACAAAUCCCCUUCUUCCCACCCACCCGUGAAUUUAUGCUUAUAUUUAUUUAAAAAUUCACAAUGAGUAGUAAAUAACAUUUAAACAAUUAUCUAUUCUGCUUAAAAAAAAUACAAUUAUGCAUGGAAAUUAAUUCAACAUAGUUACUCUUCUACAAUAAGUAACUAUAAGUUUUCUGAACUUUAAUUUUCAUUAACAUCAACAUGUCCAUUAAAAUUGUAGUUGACCCUGGCACCUUGCUGGCUCAUAAAUGGAGGUGGUAGAAUGCCAUUUAUUUGUGACCUAUUUACAUAAGAAACAUUGUUUUCUUUCGCCACAAACACCUUUUUACCAUCAUCCUGAGCUCGCAUGCCCAUUACUUUAACUUCUUCCCCUUCAGUGUCUUGGACAAUGCAGACAAAUCUGUAUUUCAUAGCACCCCUUUUUCCACCCAUAAAUGUCACAAGUACAAACGAUCCAGGUCGCAAAUUUUCAUCAGUCGCCUCUUCCAACUCCACACUAUCUUCUUCAUACUGCUCAACCCAUUCAUCUGAAGAUUCCACAGUAACAAAUUCUUCCUCCGAUGAUGUUGAUGAAACUGAAGAAUUUUCAUCCACCUUCCUCUUUUUGACUUUCUGUUUUUCUUUCUCCAGCCUCUUCCUCAAUCUUUCUGCUGCUCGUUCUUCUUUUUGCUUCUGCAAGUCCAUUUUGGUCUUCUCUUUCUUGGAAAAAUAAUCCUGCCAGGCACUAGAACUAGCAACAGAGGGAAUUUUUUCUUUCGGUGCACGUUUCUUUAACUUGGGCUUCUGAGAGGCCAAAACAAUGCUCGCUUGAAAGGAGAGGGAAUAGACUUUUCUGUGGGCACAGCAGAAAGACCUUUCGAUGUUGAUGGAAUGGGAUCAGGAUCAAAUGAAACAUUGCCUUCAAUGACUGUGCCCACUUCAUCAACAACAGUUGGAGGAGUAGAUGAUCUUUCAGGGAUUAUUUCUUGAAUUUGUAGGGUGUGUGGUUCCUCAUAUUGGGCAGUAGAGCUGAUUUCGACCUUAUCACAAUAUUUCACAUGUCUCCAAUAUUCAAACAUUGUCAUGUCCUUUACAUCUCCCUGCCAUACAUUUCCAGAUUCCUUGAAAAGCUGCAAUUUCUCUUUCACAAGAAAUUUUUCCAAAUGCUCAACAAUCUCAGAACUACAAACAUUACUCUCUGGAGUCUUGGGUGUAGAUAAGAGAACUGUUGGUGUGCAUGGGAUACUGGAGGGUGUAGAAAUGAACUUGUCCUCAUCCACUUCUGAAGGAUUCCAUGGGAAAAUUCCACUCUUCUUAAAUGAGUGCUGUAAAAUUUCUGGAGUUACAGCUUUCUCAAUCGCAGUUUCCAGCAGUUUGGCAAAGUCUUUCUUUUUUAGUGUGGGGUCUCCUUGUUCGCCACACGCUGCAGUCGCCACUCAUGAACUGCCGUUUUCCAUUCACUUUUAAGUGGCUUGAAAACUCCUACAUCCAUUGGUUGCAGUAUGUGGGUGGAAUUAGGUAAUAAUGCCACUAAAACUAUGCCAUGUUCUUUGCAAAAUGUGCUGCUGUUCAGUGUGAGGUGUGAUGAAUGGCCAUCGAUGAACAGUAUUGCUGGUAAAGUUAUCUCCUUAUUCACCAACCAUGGGUAAAAUAUGUUCGUCAAAAA